UUCCAAGUUGAAUAUGAGUAAUAGUACCACCUGCCCAAAGUCCUUCAUCCCACCAUCCUGCAUUGAUCGUCUCCACAAACCAACCUUGGAAAGAUCUCUGAAAGUGGAGAGGGCCGAACAGAAUCAAACAUUUCUUGUGGUUGCCGCUUCACGAUUGCCUUUUUACUAACAAGGAAAGAGCUAGAAGAGGAAACUAUUGAUGACUGAUGACAAAUUCUGCAAUCACUGCAAAUCAGAAGACGAAACUAUUGAUCACAUCCUCCGGGGUUGUCAAAAAGCUAGAAUGAUCUGGGAUGCUAUGCCAAACAAGCUGGCUGAUAAGAAUAUGAAUGGUUCUUUGGAUGUUUGGUUGAUGAACAACCUCAGUGAUGAACGAACUGAUAUCGAGUUUGGGAUUAUUUGCUCGCACUUGUGGAAGCAGAGGAACGAGGAGGUGCUGGAUGGUCGUGGAUUCUCUAAAAAUGGUCUCAUUUCCAUGAUCAAUGCUUGGCUUAGCAUUUGUUGGCAUGCUUGCCAGAAUGACCAGAAAGUCAAGGCUGGAACGCAGGUUAACAGAAGCUGUGCACAGGAGGGAUGGGAGCCACCUCAUGAGGGUUGGAUCCAAAUCCAAUAUGAUGGUUCAGUCAAUGCGCAUAAUGGAAUUGCAGCUGUUGGGGGCCUGCUGAGAGAUCAUCUUGGGAGAUGCAAGGGUGCUUUCAUUCGCAACCUCGACAGCUACUCCAUCACAGCAGCAGAGCUAAAAGGUGUUGCAGAAGGCCUGAAUAUGGCUUGGGACAAAGGCCACCGCAAGGUACAACUCAACCUUGAUUCAACUACGACGAUCUCUGUCAUUAAAGGGAGCUUGAAUGACUCUCAUCGUCAUGGUAACUUUGCUAUUCAAUUGAGAAACCUCCCGAGUCUUGAUUGGGAUGUUGUGUUUUCUCAUGUUUUUAGAGAAGCGAAUUUUGCGACCGAUUUUUAUUGGCAAAAAAAGGUCAUACUUAUAAUUUUGGGACACAUCUCUUCGAUGUGUACGACCAUGAACUUGGUCAAUGGCUUCACUACGAUGUAAUGGGUACUACCCACGAACGUCUUGUUAUAAUUAAUACGAAGGUGGUUUAGCGCCAGUCUGAUUACCAAAAAAAGAAAAAAAAGAAAAAUCCAAUGUUUGUGAAACCAUAUCGGUGAUUCGAUCGCAUAAAUACCCUACCUAUGGGUGAAUUUUUACAGUAUGAAAUGACUGAACCAUGAUUUAUGUACAAAACAUCAUACAUACCAUUAGAUUUUACGAUACAACCAUCGGUUAUGAAAAAAAAUACGUGGGCCAAA